AUGGCAGAUAGCAUGGACUUCCCCAAAUCCCUGACCCUUAAAGACGCCGGCGGCAGUAGUUCCCAAGGCUCCCGCCCCACCCAACAAGACCGAUACACAAUCCUCCGCCCGGAAGCCUUCGAAAGUAAAAACGACCAGCUGGCGCUCUUCGCGGUCUACGAUGGCCACGGCUCAAGCAAAGUCGCCAAACACGCCCGCGACAACCUCCCCGUCUUCCUGCGACACAGCCCCGACCUCCCGACGGGCGAGUACGAGAAGGCGAUCGUCGAGGCCAUCCGGCGCGAGGAGGAGCAGCUGCUGCAUGAGUUCUGGGAGGGGGAGGAUAAGCAUGCGCUGGCGGGGACGACGAUGGCGCUCGCGGUCGUGAACCUCACGCGGGGCGUGUUGGUCGUCGGGAAUGUGGGCGACUCGGAUGUGUUGCUGGGGGAGGAGGGGGGUGCUGCUGGGUGUGGGACGGGGAUGGAGGUGACGAGAUUAUCGACGACGCAUAAGCCCGAGAGCGACGGGGAGAAGCAUCGGGUGGAGUUGGCGGGCGGGACGGUCAAUACGGAGAGUGGGACGGCGCGAGUGGGUGAGUCUUUCCUUGAACUAGAACUACCUGGAAUCCGAACCCGGGCUGAGGUCCCUCCCUCACCAGGAGCGCUGAACAUGUCCCGUGCCCUGGGCGACCUGCGCUACAAAACCCCCCUCAACAACAUGACCCAGCGGGCCAAAAGCGGCAGCGGCAGCGGCAGCGGCAGCUCCGAAGGAGGGACCCCCUCCGCCGCCCACGACACCCCCCCGCAGCGCGGCGACUUCAUCUCCAGCGAGCCCGCCCUCAACCGCGUCGACCUCCGCGACGAUCGUCGCUACGUGCUGGCCCUGCUGUCCGAUGGCGUGACCAAUGUGCUGGACGACGCGACCAUUCUCAACCGCAUCGUCGAGCUGCGGCAGUCCGGGUUCGACGCGACGCGGGCGGCGCAGAAUAUCACCGAGGGGACGACGGCGCUGCCGGGCAGUGAUAAUGCGACCUGCGUGGCGGUUUUUCUGGAAGGGCCGAAGCCCGGAUGGAUACUCACCGUCACGAAUUACCCAAUUGCACCUGCCAUGUUCGAGAAUAUCGUCGCCCCCCAGCUGAAGAACCGGCUCCAGCGCCCUACCCCCACCUUCGGCCCCUUGGCCACAAGCAACAUCAUCGACAUCCGGACGGACAAGAGCGAGACGCAGCUCCGACAGUCGCUGCAGGACGCCGUGCACGCCGCGUGCCAUGGACAGGCCGCCAUGCCCGACUUGCUCCUCUGGGACGAACAGGGGCUGCGCCUGUUCGAGGAGGUGACCUUCUCCCCGGCCUAUUAUCUGACCAACGAGGAGAUCGGGCUGUUGCAGAAGCACCAAUACCAGAUCGCGGAGCACAUCCCCUCCGGAAGCAUGCUGGUUGAACUGGGCAGCGGCAACCUCCGCAAGGUGAAGAUCCUCCUCGACGCACUCGACGCGCUAGGCCGCGAGGUCGACUACUUCGCCCUGGACGUCUCCUUCGCCGAGCUGCAGCGCACACUGAGCAUGGUCCCGCCGGGCAUCUUCCGGCACGUGCGCUGUUUCGGGCUGCUGGGGACCUACGACGACGGCCGCGAGUGGCUGCAGCGGUCGGACCUCCGCGCCCGGCCGAAGACCAUCCUGUCUCUGGGCUCGACGCUGGGCAGCUUCCCCCGGGCGGAGGCCGCCGGGUUCCUGGCCAGCUUCGUGCACGCGGAUGCCGGCACGGGAAGCAGCCCGUCCUUUUUAGUUGGGUUGGAUGGAUGUAAAGAGCCGGCACGGGUGCGGGCGGCGUACAAUGAUCCCGAGGGGGUCAAUCGCCGGUUCAUCACGCAUGGGCUGGAGCGGGCGAAUGAGAUCCUCGACCACGAGGCAUUUGCGCUCGAUCGCUGGGGUGUUGAGGGGCAGUGGAACGUGGAGAACGGCAGCCACGAUCAGUUCUAUGUGUCCACUGGGGAGGUGGAUCUGGCCGGCAAGAGAGUCUCAGCGGGGACGCGCAUCCGAGCGGUGCAGAGCCACAAGUACGAUGGCGAUGAUCGGAUGGCGCUCCUUGGGAGGGCCGGGUUGGAGGAGGUCGAUGCGUGGGCAUCGGGGAGUCAGUAUCGUGGGUGCAGCCGCAUCCUGUGAGAACCAGCGCUAACUGAU